CGACGAUGGAGUGAUAUUUACAAGUAUUAUGCAAAUCAUUAGCCAAUGAGUAACGAUUAUUUUUAUAAUUCAUCGAUUUCGUCUAAAGAUGGCGGGAGUAAGAGGGAUUAACCAUUAACUACGCCCGAAUGAAAGGUUUUUAACUCUGGUAUAGGUGCGAUAAGAGUGUUAUGUAGGUGUUUUUGGUGAUAAAUUAUGUCAAUAAUAUUAUCUAGAAUACUUUUCAAAGGUCUCCAUUUUGUAAGUUGUUAACGGUUCGUGGCGAGUGGUUUUUGUUUUAAUUUACAGAAAUGUGGCGUUAUGUGACCGUUUUUGUGUUUUGUUGCUCCUUCGUUGGAAUUUGGUGCAAAAGUUCGAUUCGUUUAGAAAACAAUGGAUAUACAGGAAUACUUGUGGCCAUUUCUCCAACAAUUCAACCCGUUCACCAUCAUAUGCUGAUUUACGAUUUAAAGGAAUUGUUGAGUGUGGCAUCUGAAAAGUUAUUCCAUCUUACAAAAAGAAGAGCAUAUUUUAGAGAAGUUACUUUUCUCAUUCCUAGUUCGUGGGAUGAUUUGGUACCUUGGAUACCAAAAGGAGAAACAGUUAGUAUAGCAAAUGAAGAAAAAUAUAAAGAUGCCACUAUAUACGUUGAAAGAGGUGGUGCUUUUGGUAAAACACCAUAUGCAAUUCAAACAGGUGGAUGUAAGAAAGAAGGAUUAAGAAUACAUUUACCACUUGAACUUUUAGAUAGUUAUAACAAAAGGCUUCUUAAAAUUAAUGAUGAUAAUACACAAGAAGAAGCUAGAAAGCUUGUAUUUGAAUGGGCAAAAUACAGAUAUGGAAUUUUCAAUGAACAUGGAUUUCCAGGUGACGAAAGAUAUCCUGAAUUUUAUGGAAUUCCUGGUGAUUCUAAACCCAGAGUAACAAGUUGUUUAAACUGGGAUAUUGAGAUAGUAAAUAAUUCAUGUUUGCCAAAAGUAGAUAACAGUACAGGAAAACUGGAUAAAGAUUGUCCUCCUGAAGUUGAAUCUCUUGUCGGUAGAAGGUCUUCAUUUAUGUACUCGCCUCAGUUAGAAGAACUUUGUGGGCUGAAUCAGAAUCACGAUGCUAGAGCUCCAACAAAACACAACACACUCUGCAAGGAAAGGAGUAUUUGGGAAGUUAUUAUGCAACAUGAAGAUUUCAAAGAUGGAAUGAAUAGUCCUCCUCCAAAUAUAGGAAUUAAUACACCAACAAAUUUCAAAAUUGUUCAGCUGAGAGACGCUCCUCUUCGUAUGGUUGUAGCUAUAGAUAGAUCAAAACUUGUUACGGAAGAGAGAGGAAGUAUAAUGAAUAAAGCAGUAUUAAGAUUUCUACAGUUUAUUCCUGAAAAUUCAUUAGUUGGCUCAAUUCAGUUUGGUGGUUCUUCUGAAAGCUGUUUUCCAAAGGAACUUAAAUCUGUUAAAGAAAAUCCACUUGUUGAGUAUCAGCAACUUACUGAAGAAUUGCCUUGUAUUAAAUGUGCUCUCUUAGAAUCAGUAAAUCUUCUGGAGAAAGAGAAUACUUCAAAUGGAGGAAUAAUUGUUUUACUUACUAUGUCAGAACUCACUAAUGAAGAUUUGGCUAAUUUGACUGAUAUUAUUAUCAAUCGGAAAGUCACAGUUCACAUAAUCAAGCUCUAUUUUAAUAAUUACCUGAGAAACCUAAAACAGCUGCAGAUAAUUUCGAAGACUGGUGGAAGUGUACAAGAAAUUCCAUUAAACACUGAAAUGUCAGAAGAGGAAAGAAUUAUCCAGUUGUAUUUGGCCCUUUGCAGAACUGUCCAUGGUGACAUUUUUGAAACAUAUGAUGACAAAGUUAUGAUUUUUCAAGAUGUAGUCAAGGAUUCGCCAAUAAAUAUAACAUUUCCAGUCGAUUUCAGUAUCAGAAGAGAUUUCACACUGGUGUAUUCAACGUCAAAUCCUAGAAGAAUGAAUGAGCGUUCUUUAAGACUGUCUACCGAUAAUGCUGUAUUUGUCAGAGAAAAGUUCGACUACUUUUUUCAUGACAAAGGAAGACGUAUUGUGAUUCCCGAAGCUAAAGCAGGAGAAUACAAUUUUAUAUUAGAAAAAUUUCCUGACUAUUCAGAUCCAGUAUUCGUUUCUGUAUUUGCAAAACAUAAUGUUGAGACUAAAGCUCUUACUGCUAGAUGUUGGUUGAACACAAAUAAUCAAAUGGUCAAUCUUACAAGUCCCGUAAUACUUUACGCCGAAGUACACGUCGGAAAUCAGCCUGUAAGAAAUGCCAAAGUGGAAGCUAUUUUGACACAUCCAGAUUCCUCUAAAACCAUUCUUUCUUUAAUUGAUGAUGGGAUUGGAGACCCCGACAUUACUAAAGACGACGGCAUCUACAGUCGCUACCUGGUGGAAUUUAGCACAGCGGGAGCCUAUUCUCUGACUCUGUUAGUCGACGACGGCGGCGGAAAAGCGGAGUAUUUCAGCGGAUCGGACGGAGAGUGUUGCGGUAGCUUUGUUCCGGUAAGUUCGCCGAUUCCCACGGGCGCUUUUCGGCGACUGUACGAUUACGGAAAUUUCUACGUCUUCGACGUUCCGGAAGAUAACGUAUAUCCGCCGAACAGAAUCGCCGAUCUGGCUCUUACGAAAAUCGAAACGUUUUACCACGAUUCCAACCACUCCAAUUGGCGGAUCAUUUUUUAUUUCAGAUUUUCUUCGGCGGGCGAAGAUUACAACGUCGGCAGCGCUUCUACUUACGAGAUGAAAUAUUUCUUUCAUCGCGAAGAAGUCGCGCAGUUCGACGUCAACGGGUUCUCUCUCGACGAUUGGGAAUAUCACUCGAAAUUUCAAAAGUUACCGUACGGCAGUCAUCAGACUCUUCGAGUGGAAUUAUCGCUGGAAAAGUUAAGACGUGAGCUCAAAUCCCCGUUGGGUGUAUAUUUCGCGGCCCGAGCCGCGGACGAACACGGCAAUCGCGGAGAAGUGUCCAAUACGGCGGAGGCCCUACUCGAAAUACCGGAAAUUCCGACUCCUCCCCCCACCGCCACGACGGAAACCGGCGACGACCAAGGUGACGGAAACCAUACAAAGGAUUCCUUGAAAGUGGCGGGCGGUGGACUGUCGGCUCUACAAAUCGGAAUGAUCGUGGGUAUAAUUGCCGGAGCGUUGGUUAUAAUUAUGGUGUUAAUAUGUGUUGUACUAAUGAGGAAGCGUAAAACGUCCAGAAAGCAGCGGAAAUUCGAGAAGAAAGACAUAAAGAGGCCCUCGAUCGACUACUUGGAGGAGAACAACAAAAAGAACUCCAACUCGACGCUUAACCACUUGAGCCCGGUGCAGUCGUGGCCGGCCAACGUCCUCAUGGACCACUACGACAGAGUACAAGAGGCCAAACAGAAGAACGUGUCCGUCCCUAUUAUGAAAGUGGAAGACGUUCUGGAAAGCUCGUCCGUCAGUUCGGGCAAGUCGCUGAAAUCUAACGACAUCUACGAAGGGGGGUACGAAGCGGGGAACGAGUACUUUCGUCGCCCGCCCACCGCCCCGCUCUCUUCGUCAACCGGCUCCCUGGCGGAUCACCCCCGUCACGUUACGCAGGUGUGAGGACUGACGGAAUUUUUUAUUUGCGAGAAUUCCCGGCAAAUCUUCGCGGGGAAUUUCGCACCUUUCGUUUACUUCUUUUUUUACAGCCAAAGAUUCGAAUGUGAUAACGAAAAUUUUUAUAUAUAUUAUUGUGUCCGUGUCCGUCCUUUUGCUUUUAAAAUGGAUCGAGAAUAAUCGAGAAGGGAUUUCUCGUCCUGUAAAUAAAUAAAGUUGAUUAAAAAUGAUUAUAGUUAUAAUGACAUAAAAA